AAAUACCAUGGUCAAAUAAUUCCCUUCAUUCGAAAGGUUGGCAUCGCCACGGUACAGCACUUGUGUCUGUGGGUCUGGAAUCGCGAUAACCUCCCCCCCCGGCUUAUGCAGAAACGGUAUCUGACUGGUCCAGUGUACCUUACAACACAUGAUCUAUUUCACAUAUACUUCUACCAAUGAAACCGCGAUACUAUCUUGCUUGAUUGGGGGUUGGGCAUAAGUUUUCCUCCCGCUCAUCGCCCAACCCCCAAGUUUGCAGAGCAGUCUUUUUUUCACCGAGCUUGAAUUUGUGCCCUCUCCCAUCACCACCACACCAAGUAUCUUGGCGACAAUAGGUACUUGGAAAAGCAGCACAACCCACCAGUAUCCGCAAUGUCUUUUACCAAUUUCCACCGGAGGCGCGACAAAGGCGGCCCUCAGGCCGAACGGAAGCACCACUUCGGAUUUCGCAAAUCUUUCCAUAAGUUCAUGGGAUGGACUAAUUCUGAACCGACUGAACACUCCCCCUGCAACUCGGUUGCCCCCAGCAGCCUAUCUGAGGAGUACACGGCCGUCAGUGAAGACAUCACUAUCACAAGCACGCCUGAAACUCUAUGGGACCGCGCAUAUGACGCGCUUCGAUCAUCCAACGAUGCCGCCAAAUCUGGCUUGAUUGCCGAAUACGAAGGACGAGUUCUUCAAGCGUUCGCGCCCAAAAUGUCAGGAAGUACGGUUGAGCCAGCGGAAGCGCAUUCGAAAUCACUCCUGGGCCAGACACCCACGUUCAAGGCAGUACUCGACCGGGCCAUCGAGGACGCAUUAACGCAGGCCCAACAGAAAAGCUUGGCAAGAUCAUCAGUCGACAAGGCUGGCAAGUUGAUGCUGGCGCUUCAGAACUUCAUCAGCGAGGCUGUCAAGGCCUCCCCGGAGGCUUCCCUGGCGUGGGCUGGCGUGUGCCUUGUUCUGCCCCUCCUCACCCAACCUGCCAUUGCCGACGAAGCCCAGAGGAAUGGUUUCUCAUACGUCACAUCCUGCAUCGCCUUCUGGACUACGCUUGAGCGUCAGCUUGCCAACACCAUGAUCUGGACUGAGAGUGUUCAAGAUGAAUUCAUCACUCUUUAUCAGCACUUGCUCGAGUUCCAGGUCCGCACUGUUCUCCGAUAUUACCAGGGUGGUUUUGCACGCUUCGUCCAAGAUGUUUCAUCCAACGUAUGGGAUCAACUGAUUACCGCUAUCAAGGAUCAAGAGCGCCUUCUCCAUCAGGACCUACAGCAAUACCACAAUGUGCACCAGACACUCACUUCCGACCUUCUCAAGCAAAACAGUGACAAAUACUUGGAGUCCAACGCCAAGGUCCUCCAAGCUCUGCAAGACGUUCAGCAUCUUGUUCGCAAGGACACUGAGGAUAAGCUCGAGGAAAAAGAGAAGAAGUGCCUACGCCUUUUCCGUCUUACAAACAGCCAGAGAGAUGUCACCUAUGAAUGGUACAAAAGUCGUGUCGAAGAACGGGUCCAAGGAACUUGUGUCUGGGCCGUCGAGCACGAGAAUUUCCAAGACUGGCUGGAGCGUAAAUCAGGCCCACUUUUGAUCACAGCAGACCCGGGAUGCGGGAAGUCCGUCUUGUCCAAAUACUUGAUUGACCAGUAUCUGCCACAACGGUGCCCGACUGCAACUGUUUGUUACUUCUUUUUCAAGGAUGGGGACCAAAGCACAGUCAAGCAGGCCCUUUGUGCUCUUCUGCAUCAGCUUUUUGGCCAAAAGCCAGAAUUGAUCAAGCAUGCUCUCGAAGAACAUGUUCGCAAUGGAGACGGCCUAAUCGGAACGACAUCCUCAUUAUGGCGGGUCUUCAAGGACGCAACGCAAGAUGAAAGAGCGGGCACCAUCAUCAUAUUGCUUGAUGCUCUUGAUGAAUGCGAGCCCGACGAGUUCAAACUGUUGGUACACAACCUCAUUCAAGCGGGAGAAAACCCUGUCAAGUUUCUCCUUACAUCUCGCCCGUAUGGGGAUGUGAUUUCCUCUUUCAAGUAUGGUGACAUGCUGCAACGAUUUCCGCGCGUUCUGAUCCCGGGUGAAAAGGAAGACCAAUCAGACCAAAUCAGCACUGAGAUCAAUCAUGUUAUUCAAGUUCGCGUCGAGCAAUUCGUACACAAGUAUGGACUCAAAAAUCAACUCAGGGAUACCCUUUGGGCGGAACUUAACAAGACAAAGCAUCGAACCUAUCUCUGGGUUUAUCUUGUCUUUGACCAUUUGGAGACCCUCGUCACAAGUGAUGCUCUGAAGCGGACGCCUCAAGGAUUUAAGACUGCCAUGGAGAAACUUCCUCGGACAGUCGAGGAUGCAUAUGAACGGAUUCUCAAUCGGGCCCGGGGUGUCCUACGUACAAUAUUGCGACGAGUGUUGUGUGUCAUGCUCGCUGCCCAACGCCCUCUGACUCUCUCCGAGAUGCAGAUUGUCGUCAACAUGGAGCCUCACAUAAAAUCUGUCAAAGAACUAGACCUGGAAGAUGAGGAAGAUUUUUCAAAACGUCUGAGAACAAUAUGUGGACUAUUUGUCUCGAUUCACCAGCGCAAAGUGUACUUCCUGCAUCAAACUGCGAGAGAGUUCUUGCACGCCAAAACGGAACUCUCCACAGCGCCAGAGUCAUGGCGCGCCUCGAUCAGGGAGAACCAGGCCCAUGGGGAACUUGCCCGAAUUUGCGUGCAAACUUUCCAUGUUGCUGUGGUUUUGGGGUGCACUGGCCUCGUCCAACACCUUCUGCGUGAAAUUAGAGCUGAAGAAAUCAAUACGGGCUACAACGCAUUGGAGACAACACCUUUAGCUCUCGCCGCCAGACACGGACACCGCAAUGUUAUGCAGCUUUUGAUAGCAGCGGGCGCGAGAGUGGAUGUUGGUUGGGAUGGACGAACUCCACUAUAUGAAGCAGUGGAUGCUAAGCAUUCCGAGUGUGUUGCCAUAUUACUCAACUACGGGGCCUCUGUUGAUUUUUUGGAUGCAGACUACGGGCGAACCUUGCUACACGUUGCGGUGGGACGCAGAAACGCCGAGAUUGGGAAGAUGUUAGCUGACAGGGGUAUGGAUGUCAAUGCCAUCGACUUUGCCGGUAAUACCGCUCUGAUGGAGUACAUGCAUGUCUGGGAGUGGGAGAACGAUGGCAUCGAAUUCGCCACGGUGCUGAUUGAGAAAGGAGCUCGUCUCGAUAUGGCUAAUAAAUACGGAGAAACCGCUCUCAUGCAAGCGGUCAGUACGAGAAGGUGGGCUUUGGCUAAGCUCCUCAUUGAGAAAGGUGCGGAUCCCAACCUACAAGAUGGCCAGGGCGAGUCAGCCCUUCACAUGAUCUUGUACUACAAUGAAGAUGAGGUUGCAGCGGUAUCCCUAGCAAAGACGCUGAUUGAUAAAUGCCUUCACUUGGAUGCACAAAAUUAUGACGGAAAAACGCCCCUACAUAAUGCCGCUGAGAAGGGGCUUGUUAAGCUAGUAAGGCUGCUACUUGAGAGCGGUGCGGAUACUGAGGCUACGGACCACCAGGGCAACAGGCCUCUCUUCCUUGCGGUCAUGUCACUCAAUCCCCAAGCUGUCGAAAUGCUUCUCAAGUUUGGUGCUAAGGUGGAAGACGCCGGGGGAAGCCAUUCCAUCCUGGAAAAGGCCACGGAACUCGUUGAGGAUAACACAUACGCCGCGAAUAGUAUCAUAAGCGAGUAUGAAAGCUUCAAGCAACGAACCUCACGCUUCAUAACCGGACCAAAUGACUGGACUCGAAUAACGGAAGACACUCUCAACAUGACACGCUUGAUAGACGGCUGGAACUCUGAACGAGCUAAGCGGAGUUUGGCAACAUACCAGAUGCUGCGCCGAGCGGUUGCUCAUACGAGCAUCGACAAGCUAGAUGAACAUGAAGCUGGAAGGUUGCUACAGAAUAUGGAUCAGUUGCUGGAGGAUGCUAAGCCGAUGUUGAAGGUAAAUCUACCACUCGCAUAUGGCUGUCGUCGUCCCAUGCGGUAGCGAGUUGUGGUUCCUUACCAGGUAGGUGCUUGGGAAAGAUGAUUCUGGACUUUUCGCAAUGGCAUUUCUUUUGUUUGAAUAUACUGUUCCCCGUCUCUUUUCCGUGAAGGCCUCAAAUUACGCACAACUUAUUUGGUUUCAUAAGGAUGUAAACCGAAGAAAGUACUUGGUCUUCAACAUUUGCAGUUAGGAAGUUAGAGGUGCGUGGAGUGCAGCUCUCGGCUCACACAAUGUCAAGCAAGCCUUUGUCCCCG